GUGAUUUAUGAGCGUUAUUAUUAGGCAUGGCCUAUUUAUCCUUACGAACGAAAGUUACUUCAUCAUCAAGACAAUUUUACGAAGAUUAACUUUGUUCUUUAUACCAUGUUAUUUGGACGCAUAGUUUAAGAGAUAAUGUAAAAUUAAAAUAAUUCAAUACUUGGCUGGGCGCGCGAACGACGCUUAAACCCUAGCCGUUAUAAAAUGGUUGAACUAUGUCAUGUCGCGCACCUCGGACACGUGAUGACGCGGGUGAAACCGCGGGGCACAGCUAGUAUACUAUAUAAAAUAUUUCAGUUAUUUAAUAAAGUAAACCCGAGUACUUAAUAAUAGAAAAAAUUACUUAGUUUGAAAAAAGCCACGUACCAAUGUAUUGGCAGCGGUUUUUUUUGUUUAUUUAAAUAUUUUUUUUAUCAAUAAACAUGCAUGCCAUUUUUUAUUGAAGUUUAAAAUAAUAUUUACAGACAAUGUAAAAAUUACAUGCAAAAAAAAGCAGGGAAAUAUUCCUUUUUUAUUUUCGUUAAAAAACUUUUUUUAUGUCAGGCUUGUGUAAUAUGCAUGCCAUUGUUUUAUCAACUUAAAAUAAUGUUUUAUAAUGAAAUAUUGAAUGGCAUGCAAAAUAAAGUCACGGAAAUUAUAACAGCGUUUUUUGCAUUUUUCGUGAUGCAUGCCACUACUUUACAACUUCCUGUUGUGUAUGCCAAAUUUGCUAACGUCAAUAAAUUAUAAAAAUUAAGUAUUGUUCAAAUGGCAUGCAGUUUGAAAUCACGUAAAAGUUGUAUUGAAUUUUCACAACAUUUUCUUAAUAUUUUCCACCCUUGGUCAUACGAGGGGGGUGCAUGCCAAUUUUCGUUAGUAUUUUUGAGAUAAAAAAAAAACUAAUUUUUUACAACGGAAUGCAAUUUGUAAACACGGAAAUGUUCUAUUUUUUUUUCAUUUCUACGUAACCCUUUGAGCCCCGUCGGCCGUUGCGAAUUACAUGCCAUCAAUUAUUAUAGCUUAAAUUUGUUCCAACUACGUUAUAUUACAAAGGCAUGCCAUAUAAUGUAACGGAAAAAUACCAAAAUUCUUUACACAAAGAGAAGCCAUUUUCUUUAUGACAUGCAAGCGCGCAAGGGCUCGUAACCAUUCUAUCUUUCAUAUUUUUAAUAUGAAAGAUAGAAUGGUUAUAUGAAUAUAAGGUACUCCCCUUGUUGCCUCAGCCAGUAUCGGAAUCCUCGGCGUCGACAUAUCGAGUAGCGUGCAGUUUCGUGGUCACUUGGAAGAGAAGGCCAAAUUGGCCUCUAAAAAGCUUGGCGUGCUCAGCAGAGCGGGACAGUAUUUCAUGCCGGCUCAACGCCUGCAACUUUACAAGGCGCAGGUUCGGCCUCACAUGGAAUACUGUUCCCAUCUCUGGGCUGGGGCUCCCCAGUGCCAGCUUCUUCCACUUGACCGCAUCCAGCGCAGAGCGGCUCGAAUCGUCGACGACCGAGUCCUUUCCGAUCGGCUCGACUCAUUGGCACUGCGAAGAGAUGUUGCAUCUCUUAGCAUUUUCUUUCGCAUUUACCAUGGGGAGUGCUCUGAGGAAUUGUUCGGAUUAAUCCCAGCCGCCAAAUUUCACGAACGCACAUCUCGGCAGAACUCCCGAUACCAUCCACACCAUCUGGAUGAUUGGCGGUCCACCACUGUGCGAUUUAGAAGAUGUUUUCUUCCUCGCACAACUUCCUUGUGGAAUAGUUUACCACCAGCGAUUUUUCCGGACCGAUACGACUUAGGGACCUUCAAGAAAAGAGCCUACUCCUUUUUAAAAGGCCGGCAACGCAUCUGCAAUUCCCCUGGUGUUGCGGUUGUUCAUGGGCGGCGGUAGUCACUUACCAUCAGGUGAGCCGCAUGCUCGUUUGCCCCCUCUACUAUAAAAAAAAAUUUAGGGUUAGUUAGCAAUUCUUAAAAAAGCAUGCAGGAGAAAAUGGGAGAAUAUUUUCUGUCACCAUCUCCUAGUCUAUUAUACGAAACGAUAAAUAUCACGCUUUAAUGUAAUUCGAAUGACUAUCUAACUUUUAAAAGGCAAAGUAGCGUAAAAUGUAAAGUAGAACCGCGGCUAAAGGACUGGAAAAGACUAUCAAUAAUCCAUAUUUUGUAAUUUUUGUUGGGGCUUGAUUAUGAAUAAAACACUUUGAUGUAUGGAUGUAGUACUCUUAUUGAACAUAUUAAAAUGGAAAUGUAUGGAAAUACAUGUAACAGAUAUUUUGGAAAUAAAGAAAUUCUCUAAAUUUAUUUAUGAAGUAUAUGGAUUGUAAAUGUUGUGAAGGUUAUGUUAUGGAGAGUUUGAAAUAUCCAUAUUAUCUGGGGAAUUCUUUUCAUCACUUAUGUCAUUCAUUUUAGAUUCUAUUAUUGACGUUUCUUUUUCUUCGAUAACAGUGGGAAGGGGAGUUUCGUCUCUAGAUUUCCUAUCAUGUGGUGUUUUAGAAUCUCGAUGAGAACGACUCUUCGAUCGUCGGCUGCGUGAACGUGAGCGUUUCCGGUCACGAGAACGAGAACGUUUUCGAUCCCUGGACCUUGAACGUUUCCUUUCUUUAGAUCUCGACUUCUUUCGGUCUCUAGAUCUAGAUCGUUUCCGAUCACGAGAUCUAGAUUUUUUCCUAUCUCUAGAACGGGACCGUUUCCUUUCCUUAGAUCGCGAUCUCCUUCUAGACUUUGAGCGUUUUCUCCUGGAUCGUGAUCGCGAUCUACGCUUAGACCGCGAUCGAUCACGCUUUUUAUCCCGUGAUCUAGAGCGUUCUCGUCUCUUAGAUGGGGAUUUAUCUUUAUCUUUAUCCUUCCUAUCAUCUUUAUCCUUUUUCUCCUUAUCUUUAUCAAUUUCCUUUUCUCUAUCAUCCAGCGGCGUCGAUGCCUUGGAUUUUGUUUCGGAACUAUUUCCGUUGGUGUCAGGUAUGACCUCUGUUUUAUCUUUUCCCUCUUUCUCAAUUUCUUUACCGACAUCUUUACUAGGCGACUUAGAUUUUUCUUUUUUAUCUUUGUCUUUGUCUCUUUCACUAGAACUUUUCCGGUCUUUACGAUCGCGAUCACGUGAACGAUCACGUUUAGAACGCGAGCUUCGAUGUCGAGAUCUAGAGCGGGAUCUUCGAGAACUACGAUGACGUGAACGAGACCUGAAAAAAUAUUUCAAUACUUAGAAACAAUAUAAAUAUUUGGUGCAGAAUUUUGUCGUUGUCAAAUAGAAGGCCCGGUGAGGGCAGGCGACACACAACCAAAAACUAGAUAUAUAUGAAACUUUUGUACUUCGUUUCCGAUUAUUAUUUUUGUGAUUUCCAUCUUUUUUUCAUACUAUUAGUUCGUUCUUAGGACUAUAGAUAUAUGUCAAUAAUCAAUUACACUGCUGUUAUUUGUCAAUAACUGUUAAUUUUAAAUUGUUUACGUACUGUUUGUGACUGAAUGACCAGGGUGUAUUGUAGGACCAUAUACUAGUCAUGCAUUACUGAUAAUCAUAGUUAUUUCGAUUAGUAGUAUUAGUUAUUAAUUAUUUUCUGUUGUUCUUGUAGUCUUCUAUGAUAGCUUUGAAUAAAACUUUGAAAAUUACAAUAUAAAGAAACACUCAGCAAUAAACUAGAAGUAAUACCCACUAGCCUUAGAUUAGAAAACAGAAUACGUUUCUUUACUACACAACACCUAAUCGAGGCUUCCAUGCCUAAUAUCAAUAAAACACAAAAAAGAACUAAGAAAAAAAUCAAACAUUUAUUUUAAAAAAACUAACGAAGCUGUCAAAAAAGACUACAAGAACCAAAGAAAAUAGCCAUGUAAAUAAAAUGGAAAAUUGUAAUAGUUCCUGCAAAGAAUUAUCAAGCCAAAAUCACACAGAUCUAAAGCCUAAAAGAUAGCCAGAAUGAAACUGAAAUAGAGAAGAUCUCAAUGAAAAACCAUCAGAGGAAACUUUGGAAGAACAAAAAGAUGUAUACAGCAAUGCAAACAAUGAUGAACAAAUCAAUGCAACUGUAGACCCAAUGGAGCUUAAGCAUAGUACUGGCACAUAAUAUUUUUUUUUUAUAGAAUUAGGGUGACAAACGAGCACACAGUCCAUCUGAUGGUAAGUGGUUGCUGUGGCCCAUAGACAUCUGCAUCUAUCCUCGUUUGUGAAUUAAAAUGCAGAUGCGUUGUCAGCCUUGACGACUAAGAUAGAAUGCCUCUUCCAGUAAAAUGGGUCUCCGGUUCUCUACACUCACCAUACGAAAAACAGCAGCAUUAAGCUGCUAUUUUACGCUGGUAUUCUGUGAGAGCGUGGUCCUUCCCCGAUCGAGCCGACCCAUUCGUGUUACAACUAUACUAUUAAUAUAGCUGCAGCAUGGCUCUACCACGUAAACUAUUCUGCAGAAAAAAAUAUUCUGCAGAUCGAAUUACGCUCACGAAAUUAGAAAAGAAUGGAGGAGAGUUUCCCAUAGAGAGAGGGUUAAGACAACGGGAUCCAAUAUCUCCAAAACUAUUUAUAGUGGCUCUCAAAGACACCUUUAAGAAUCUAAGUUUAAGGAAGAAAGGUACUUAAUAAAUGGCUAAACAAUUAGGGAUUUGCCGAUCAUAUAGACCUUUUUAGUUAGAAAAUUCUUCUGACCUAGAUAGUAUGUUUCAAAUACUAGAUAAAGAAAGCCGAAGAGAAGGACUACCAACAGUAAUAAUAAUCUUUAUUUCCAUAUAUUAUAUAAUUUAAUAAUGUCUAUUUUACAUACUACUCAUGAAAUUGUUUUUAUAGAAUAAGGAUGACAAAUGAGCACACAGUCCACCUGAUGGUAAGUGGUUACUGCGGCCCAUAGACAUCUACAUCUAUCCUCUAUUACAAAUCAAAAUGUAGAUGCGUUGCCACCCGUGAGGAUUAAGAUGAAAUGCCUCAUUUUCAGCAAAAAUGGCCUCUGGCCACCCGCACUCACCAAGCGAAACGCAGAGGUAAACCUCUACUUCCCGAACGUUUUUCCGAACCAGUUGUUAUAAUCUACUAACUGGCACCCAGCGCGUUGUUGCCGCAGAAGAAAUAAUUGCAGAAAUAUCAUUUUCAAUUUGGAAGUUAUAUUGUUUAAUUAAGAAAGAUAAUAUAUUAAUUGAAGUUGCAUGAUAUAUAACUUUCAUGACAUGACAACGCACCGGUUCACACGGCGCGGCUCUCGAAGGCUGCUGUACGAGACUGCGGGUUUGAGGAAAUUAACCACCCACCAUACAGCCCAGAUCUAGCCAUUAGUGACUACUAUUUAUUCCCAAACUUAAUGAGUUCAAUUCUGCCGUAAAUGAGCAUUUUUCAGGCCAAGACGAAGAAUAUUUUUUCAAGGUAAUAGAAAAGUUUUUUUCAUGAACAAGUAAAUGAUAUUGAUGUCAUGGAAUACUAUAUUGAAAAAUGUAAAACGUUUCAUAAUUUUAUCUUUUUUCUAACAUACCCAUACCGAGAACACAUUGAACGCUCCUCGUAACAACGAAUUCUCCCUAGAAGAAACUUAUGUCCUCAAGGUUGGACUGAUUAUGGUACGAUGUCUAUGGCGAGACCUGGAGCGACGCGAGCGAUGCCGAGACCUAGAGCGAGAGCGCUUGCUUCGAUGUCUUGAUCGAGAGCGACGUGAUCGGGACCGGGAACGGCGACGAGACCGAGAUCGUGAUCGAGUUCUAAAAUUAAAACCAUUUGAUACAUUGUUAAAUGGAAAAAUAAAAUAGAUUUGUACAUAAAUGUUUCCGAUACCUAUAGAGGUAGCUAAUUAAUACAAAGGUAUAUAUACUAUAUGAUUACCGUUACAGCCUACUAAAGUCCACUGCUGAACACAGGCCUCCCCUUAAGAUUGCCUCAAAGGGAGAUAUCUGCCAUAGUUGCCAUAGUUGCCACGCUUGGCAAGCAGGUUGGCAACCGCAGUUUUUUUUAUUUUUAGUUGUUAUUAGGAAGACACUGCUGCCCAUCUUCUGAGUUGUUUCCCUCUGCCGCCUCUUAGCACACCCACGGGAUGAUAUGGGGUAGUGGAUAUUCUUACACCGCCACUAUACUAUUGUUGAUAUAUUAUAAUAUAAAAAAAUAAAUAAUAAAAACACCAACCAUAAAUAAAUAAUAAACCUGUCAAUUUUAUAAAAGGAGUUGGAUAAAACUUGGUAAAUCAAACUUUAUGUGGGUGAACAUGAGUUUAUGAGUGUCUAUAUAAAUUGUUGCAUUCAAUAGCAUCAUUGAGAGGGUGCCUAUUAUUUAACUCUACACUGUCAUAAUCAAACAUUUGAUUGUUUAUUUGGCAAAUUAAUUAGUCGGUAAUUUUAAAUUAAUAUUUUGGAAAAGCUGUCUCUGUUUCUUAAAAACAAAACAAAAAUCUCUUGCAAAAGUAGUCAAUUUGAUUUAAGUAUAGAAACCACCUUCAAUAUGAAUUCAUAUAAAUAGAAUAGAAUAAAUUUUAUUCAAUAUAGAUUAUUACAUAAAACU